AUGACGAUGCAACGGGUUCAAGAUCAGGACAAUGGGAUCAACAUCAAGUUCGGCCCGGGCAAACCACCCCGGAAGGGCGACUACAGGCUGGUGUCGCAGAGCCCCGAUAGCAGCAGCGAGCACCAUCGCAAUGGGAUCAACAAUAAGUCAGAGAAAGACGAGGAAACGGAGGAGGAGUUAGUCCCACCGGAUGGAGGCUGGGGAUGGCUGGUACUCUUGGCUGCUGUCAUGGUCAACCUUCUUAUCCCCGGCACCAUCAAGUCCUUCGGGGUAUUGUUCGUCGAAUUCCUCGACGUGUUUGACGCGUCACCGGCGGCAGCUGCAUGGAUACCGUCACUUUGUUACUUCCUGUACAGCUCAUUGGGUCCACUCUCUAGUGUACUUUCGGUCAAAUAUUCGUAUCGUACGGUAACUUUAAUAGGGGGGACGUUUGCUGCGGCGGGGAUGAUGCUGAGCUAUUUCGCGGACUCUGUGGCCUUUCUGUGCGUUAGUUAUGGUGUAUUCGUAGGUACGGGUGCUGGAUUAGCAUUUCCUCCGACUGUAUAUAUCGUGACAUCCUAUUUUGUACGGCUACGAGGACUUGCUAACGGGCUCUGUAUAUCCGGCAGUGCGUUAGGUUCAAUAUUUCUUCCGCCCGUUUUGGGCUUUCUUCUACGAGAAUACGGUUACAGAGGUGCAGUGUUAAUAAUGGGUGCUGUCACACUGAAUGUCUGGGCGAGUGCGUUUUUGUACCAUCCAGUGGAAUGGCAUCUGGUGCCAGCUCGGCAUCCGGACGAUAGCGAUGUGCACGACAAUGGAGAGAGCAUGUCGGUGACCGUCACCAGCAGCCCCGAGCAAGCGACGGGCAACAGCCAGCUGGCGUCGCUAAGCAACUCAACUAGCAAUGACAAGGCUGCGCCGAUCGUCCCCAAGAGCGCGUCAAGCGUCGCCCUGGAGUAUUAUAAGAAUACGCCGGUGCAAGCCCGCACGCGGAAGAUCAGCGCGCCCGUCGGGCGCGAAAUCAGCGGGCAAAUGCACAGCACGCCGACGUUGCACACCGUGCCGGAGCGCGGCGGUGCCAUGGUCGAUUCCAGCAGAUCCGCCAGGAUGGCGAGGUCACCGUUGCACUCACCCAGCACGUCGUCUUUCAAUUACAUCAGCACACCGUAUCACGGCAGCACAUUGUCGGUUCUGCAUCCGGAACGUGCGUCCACGUUGACGCUGAACGCCAUCUCCAACACGUUCAGCAGAAAGUCGACGACAGUGGAACAGAAACAGCACGGUGAGCAUGCCGAGAAGGAUCAACCGAAUAAAUUCUUCGACCUUAGUCUGCUCAAGGAUCCCAUCUACCUCGUCAUCCUCAUUUCCAACUCUACCAAUGCCAUCAGUUACACCAACUUCGUCAUCCUGCUGCCGGCCUACGCUAUCUCUCUAGGCUUCGACAAUUGGGACGCGUCGCUGUUAUUGUCGAUCGUUUCCAUGCUGGAUCUGGUAGGCCGUAUCGGCGGUUCUGCUCUUUCCGACAUCAAGAUCAUGCCUAAGCAUUGGUACUUCAUCGGCGGCCUGCUCGCCUCCGGAAUUUCCCUGGCCAUCUUGCCCACUUCUGACACGUAUAUCAUGCUAGCCGUUUAUUGCUCCUUCUUCGGUCUGGCAUCCGGCAUUUACGUCGGCAUCACCGCCGUUAUUAUGGCCGAUAUGCUGGGCACGGAGAAGCUCACAUCAUCCUACGGCAUUUCGUUGUUCGUCAACGGUGUCAUUCAAUUGGUGGGCCCGCCGAUUUGCGGCAUAGUGUUCGAGCAGAUCGGUAGCUACGGACCAAUCUUUAGUAUACUAGGUAUCAUUUUGGUGUUCGGCGCGUCUCUCUGGAGUAUAGUGCCGUUUAUCCGGAGAAGGCGGGCGGCGUUGAAGGAGCCCGCAAAAAUAGACAAAGUAUAAUAGACCAAAUAAACAAAGUAAAGUAUAAACACGUCUGUUUUCGUCGUUAGUACUUGAAAAUUUCGUAGCUUUUUUCGUUUUACAUUUUCGAAUUCGAAUUUUGAGACAAUCGUGGAUAUAAGUAUACCCGAAUAAGAGAGAAAGCUAUCCCGAAUUCGAAUUAAAAAAUGUAAAACUAUGAAAAAGAAAUUAAACCGUCGAGUCGCGUGUGACUCGAUAUUUUACGGAGACACAUGAGCUUAAAUUGCGCGGUCGCCUAAAAGCGGCUAUGCAAGUAGCGUAUAUUUAAGUGUAUAUGCGAAAGAGAGAGAAAGAGUGAGAAAAAGUGGCCGAAUAUUAUAAUUAUAAUAUAUUAAACUGUGAUGUUAGUACGAGUGUCGUGUAUUGAAGUUUUCGGAUCGAGCGAGUUACAGAGAAAGGAACCAUUGUAAUUUUCGCUUAGUCCGGUAACUUUACACACGAGUCUGCGAUGAUUAAUUAUUGAAUAAUUAUUGACUAUAGUAAUUAUAAUUAAUCGUCAAAGCGGUAAAUGUGGAAAAAUCUUAUUAUAUAUCAAGCAUUUUUGUAUUUCUAUCAUCUUGAGUAAUUACUGGUACGCUUGUAUGUAAUUGAUUCAUACAAAACGUUAGUCUCAGAAACGAAAACGUAUUUUGUUCUAUACUGUCGUUACAUUUCUCAAGAGCGAAUCGAAUGAUGAAAGUGAUUUAUUGUAAAGAUAUGCCACAUUAAUUUGCACUUUAUUGCGCGUGUACAGAGAGUGAAGUAAUUCUGUUAUUUAUUUCAUGAUGUGAAAUGGAAUGCUGCAUAUGCGGUUUUAUAAUCUAAAAAAUCUAGAGUAGAAAUUCAUUUAAUGAUACGUUUAUCUCUUCAAAACAGGUAAAGGCAAUCGAUUUCAUUUUAAAUAAGAUCCAAUAUUAAAACAAAAAAUUGAAAAUAAAAAUCUGGAGAUGGAUUUUUGCAUAACGCGGAAGAAAAUAAAGGGAAAUGGGCGAUUCUGAUUAAUUGAAUCCCUUACAUGCAUUAUGCAAAAGUCUGUGCUUCCACUCUAACGCACAAAGAUUAACGAAACGCAUUUAAAACAAGUACUUAUGAUGAAGUGACAAGAAGUACUUAAAGCAAUACUUAAUAUAACAAAAAUGAAAAAGAUUUAUGAAUAAUGAGUUUUUGCAUAUUUAAGAAUGGAGAUGAUAAAACAUAUCUAUAUUAUUGUGGUCUUUCAAAAAUAUACAAGAGAUCAAAUAUCGUUUUAAGUUACAAAAAAGUAACAGAAAUAACUUCACUCUGUGUAAUAUUAGGUUCCAAUUUGAUUACGUUUACCGCCAAAUGUACGCCAUUGCACCGGCGAUGAAAUAUCGCACAAUGCAAUCUUUUUACGCGUUUUAGUCCAUCUUUAUAAAACGUAUUACUUAGAUAGAUAUUUCGAGAUAAGAAUUUUUGAGAAACACGUAAACGCGUCCUUCCUUGAAAACGAAAAGAAAAUCUCUUGCCUUAUAUCCAAAAAAAACUUGCCCUCUCUCUGAAAGUCAAAUUUUCUCACUGGCAUGAAGACUAAAAUCUUAUUUUAUUCGAGUACUUAUUGGAAGAAAUGGCGAUCGUGAUUAAUGCUAGUUGUAUCAGAAUGAAGAUGCGAUGGAAUAAUUUAGCGCAUGUACCAAUGUCGCCUCUAAUAGGCCUAUGACAAAGUAUACCGUCACACUGUAGACAUAGUGUCUCCUAAAGACUCGAUCGUACGUAAACGCUAGUUUAAUACUAGAAUGACCGGAGGUUCUACUUAUAAGGAACCGUCGUCUUAAUUACUGGAGAAAAGAAAUAAGAAAUCGCUUUUGAGCGAUUCAAGAGGCUGCCCUUUCUUUUAAUUAAAAAUAGAUAAUCGAAAGGAAUCGCAACAAGUACAAGACUUGUGACCGUAUAAGCAGGACAUGUCCGGCGAAAUAUACGCCUUUCUAGCAUUGCCGUCUUAUGGCGCUCGAAAGGUAUUCGAAUCGAACUUGUGUUCCAGGCUCUUUCAAAAUCCGCCGGAAAUAAUGCCUUAUGAGUAGAUCGUAAGUAGUUUGUAAGCGUGUAAUAUAUAUAAAAAAUAUAUUAUGUUUAUAUAACUCUAUACAAAUACACAAAAUAAAAAAAUAUUUCAGAAU